AUGAACAAUUCGCUGGAUCACCACCGUAAAAUCGCCCGAGUCAACAGACAAUCAUCAUCAUCAUCAAGAAACACGAUUCCCAACGAUCUUAUCAUCGAGAUACUCUUGAGAUUAACGUCGAAAACCAUCGCAAUCUGUCGUUGCGUCUCGAAGCAAUGGAAUUCCUUUCUUGGCACUCCAUAUUUCACUGAAUCGUUCCUGAUCCGUUCAUCAGCUCGGCCACGCAUUCUCUUCACGUUCGAAGUAGGCGACAAGUGGCACAUCUGCUCAUCCCCUCAGCCUCAAAAUCUUGAUAAGGAGUUAACUCAUGUAGCUGCAGAUUAUCAUAUGAGUUUGUCCCGGCAUUCGCACCGGGAAAAUUGUCAGUCUGUCAACGGAUUUAUCUGUCUCAUCGAUAAAGGCAUGUUAACGAAAAAGAGAGAUGCGGCUAGGGUUCCUGUAUUAUGUAACCCUAGUACGGGUCAGCACGUAACUUUACCCAAAGUGAAAGCUAGGAACAAUGAUUUGAGAAGCUUUUUCGGGUACGAUCCGGUCAACAAACAAUACAAGGUUUUGUGCAUGACCGUGACAAAUUAUAGACAAGUUAACUCCAGGGAGCAUCAAGUUCUGACAUUAGGGAAGGGCAAAAAACUAUCUUGGAGAAAGAUUGAAUGUUCGUUUCCGCAUUAUCCUGACGAUAAUAGUGACGGGAUAUGCAUCAACGGGGUUUUGUAUUACAUGGCUCGCUCCGUCCACGACUACACUAGGUUGAUAGCAUGCUUUGAUGUUAGGUCUGAGGAAUUUAGUUUGUUAAACAUGCCAGUAUCUGAAUUUAGGUCGUUACCUUUUUCGGCUCUUGUGAACUACAAGGGAAAGUUAGGUGCCGUGAAUUUUAAUGGUAGUCAUGGUGAGUUAUGGGUUCUUGAGAGCGCCGAGAAAGAGAAAUGGUCUAAGCAUGUCUUCGUUAUGCCAGAUAAAGGUUUUCAUCAUACAAUAAAAUCAACAUGGGCUACUGAUAGGGAUGAAAUUGCUUGGGUCCGUACUUUGAAAAGUUCAUUAUGUGUUUACUACUCCAACCUGGAGACGAAGAGUGUUAGGAGAGUUAUGAUUCAAGGAAUUGAUGAACAGGCGUUGAUGGCUAUUCAUCGCUGUGAAGCACAAAUUACUGUUAGAGACCAUGUUGAGAAUGUGAUGUUUCUGUAA